AUGGUUCGGGAAGAUAAACUUCAAUUAGAAUCAAUGAAAAAGGAAUUAUUGUUACACAUGAAAAAUCAUAUCGUUGGGACAAUAAGUGCAAGAAAAGAAAUCUACAAUGCAAUGAAAGAAUUGUUUGAUAGCAGCAGUGCGGAUUUUUACAAUCUUUCUUCCACUGUGAAACACGUAAGGAUAAUUCGAUUGCUAGUAACAAGCUUGGAAAAAUAUAAACCCCAUCAACAUUUGCAAGAUGCUUUCUCUGUAUGGAAUUCACGUUUAGCCCCUGUAGUAUUCUCACUUUCUGAUCCGGUGGAACAGCGUAAAUACAGUAGACAUGCGAAAUUACUUGCUGCUUGCCUGCUUGAUUCCGAUGAGUACACAAAAGCCAUUAUUUGCUUGGGACACGUCGUGCGGUUACAUGAUGGCGACGUCCAUUCAAAAUUAUUGCUCACAUACUGGUUAUGCCUUCUAGGAUACUGGUCAUUAGCCAAAACUCAGGUGCUUCAUGAAGAAGAAGUAAAACGCAUGUACUCUAUUCACAAAGAAAUCAUUAACGAAGUUAUUAGUGACAUCAUUCAUUUACAUAUGGGAAAAACAAUGAGUCAUCACUCUGGCGAUGCAUUGCCAGUGCAAAACCAUAUUAUUAAAACUAUGCAGUAUUUCGAAUCUAUUCUUACGAAAUCGAAAGCAAAAACCUUCCAACAAUACGAAGCACAAAUUCUUAUUAAACAAGUUUUGAUAGCUGCUAAUCAUUUCCCGUACGCUGACUUAACACUGAUUGGCGAUCCAUUACAAAAUAUGGAUAUUAUAAAGGCUCGUUACGAAACUUUAGUGAAAUGUCGAAGUAGCAUAUAUUAUGGGAAUGAUAUGAAAGAAGAGGAUGCCGCUUGCGCUGCAUUUGCUGGCGUUGAAUUUGAGGAAACAAAAAUUGAUGAGUAUUUGAAAUUAAGUGCAGUCCUGGCAGAGCAUUUCAAAGUGGUACUGCAGCUGUGUUUUAAAUAUGUUGAGUUAGGAAUCCUUCGGGAGAGUGAAAGUGAAGGGUUGAAACUACUGUAUCAGGUUCUGAGAACAACGAAUUUGCAAAGGUGUUUGGCAGUGCUGAACGUUUUAUUUCUGACAUCGAUGCUUGCUCGCGAAUUCAGUGUGAAUGUUCGCCCAGAUCCAUUUCGACCACUUAUUGCUUCUCUGUGGAAUAGAUCGCAAAGCAAUUAUACAGCAGGGCAGAACAAAGAACUAAAUUUAUCGUCUAGAGGUCAAGAAAUAAUAAAUCUCACCGAAGAUGAACCAAACAGCUUACCACAAACAAAUAAAGAAAAUACAACGAAUAAAUUAAUAUUGGACGAGCAUGUUGAAUUUUGCGAUUGCGUAAUAUGCACGCUUUGUGACAUAAAUUCACAGAUGCACAUAGAAGCUAUUUUUUCAAAGAUGUUAUUUUAUCGAUAUUCGUCAAGAAUGUUUCGUAUGCUUUCCGAAAGGAUUUUGAAAUUGCCUCAGGAGACUUCAUUAGAUGUGAUUUCGAUUUAUUCGGCACUUCAAAAAGAAGCAACGGAAAAGGCAAUUGAAGAACGACGAUAUCCACUGGAAGCGUUAGAUCGUUUUCUGCUGGCAGCAAUUCGAUGGCUCCGAAAAGUUGGUGAAGAAGAAAAACCGGAGAUUAUACAGGAUUUGAUAAAGGAAUCGUUGAAAAUAUGCUCAACGGAUCCCGUACACUUUCGUUGGCAAUGGUUGACAAUACGGCAGUUAGCGCGAACGCCACUGAAAAUUCCAAAGUUGGAAUGGAUGCGAUUGCAUGUGAAAGCAGGGUUGCGUUCACCACUGAAAUCUAUUGUCAUUAAUCUUGCUUCAGAACUGAAUACAUUGACACUUUGUUCACCAAGACCACCCUCCAUUUCGAACUUCGAGAAAUAUAAACCGACCUCAAAAACAAAUCACAAGAUUGUCACUAAUGUCAUUCCCAGUUAUGUAAACGCGGAGAUGGAAGAAGCUCGGAAGGAUUUCGAUUCCUUUUCCCAUCUUUUCUAUAGGGAGUGGCGGUUCCAAACAUGUUCUUAUUUGGGACAAGUAUGUGCUUUCCAAUAUAAAGCCGAUUGGAUUGAACCAGGUUGGAGUGCUGCUUAUUACUUUAAUGAAGCAAUGUUUAUGGGUACUCGUCAGUUGGCCCGCAUGAUUUCCAAAAAAUCUGAGAAGAGUCAGAAUUUUUAUUUCGAAAACAUUGAAAAGUUUAAAAAGGCCGUUCAAUGUUUGCCACAUGAUUUAACGGUGGUGCAACUUUUUCUGGAUUCUAGGCGAAUACUUUGGUUAAUCAAAUUAUACAAUGGCAGACCACCAUUAGUCGUACCUGUUUCAUUCGUUCCACAGGAUGACAUGCUUCUGAAACGUUUCUUAACCUUGUUAACAGAAAAUGAUGCAUCAGGAAAUCUUAGUAAAACAUGCACAGAUCCAAAAGAAUAUUGGCAGAUAAGAAGAAGACUGGACAAGAAACUGAAGAUUUUGAUUAGUGAGGUGCAAACAGGAUGGUUUGGAAUUUUUUCCGUUCUGCUUUUACCUUCCGUCAACGUGAAUGAUGCUCGUAUCUCACUUAUCGAUGAAUUAAUGAGCAAUGGGCUUUCAAGAAGCUUUGCAAGUGCCUUAGCCGAGAAUUUGGACUUAUCGACAGCCGGUUGGCAGCAGUUAGCACAACGGUUUUCAAGUUUAGAAAAUUUUGAUGAAAAUGUUGCUACCUAUAUUGCUGAUUGUCGAAGUCGUUGGAUAUCGAAGUUCGGAAAGCAAUCAUUCCGUCGUGACUUCUCAAAAAGUUAUGUCUUACUUUGCGUCUCACCGGAAUUAGCUUCAUUUCCUUUCGAACUUUUGCCAGUAAUGGAGUCGCAUAAGCGUAUUUGCAGAAUAUCAUCAUUCCACAUGUUCGAGGAACUUUUAUGUCUUUCGAAAAAGAUACCAAAAACAGUUGAUGGAAAGAAUUCUUUUUACGUGCUCGAUCCUGGGGGUGAUUUAACCGAUACACAGAAAAGACUCUCGAAAGAAUUGGAAAAAUAUACUUCUUGGAAGGGGACAGUUGGAGCUGCACCAAAACCGGAAGAAUUGCGCAACUCAUUAGAAACCAGUGAUCUAUUCUUUUAUAUGGGCCAUGGGAGUGGUGGUAGAUAUUUUGGAAGAUCAACAGUAUUGCGGAGCAAUAUUCGCGCCGUAUCACUUCUUAUGGGUUGUUCCAGUGUUCGCAUAACUUAUGAGGGCGAAGGAUUCGAUGGAAGGGGUGCAAUUUACGAUUAUAUUAUAGCAAAAUGUCCUUGUGUUGUCGGUUGUCUUUGGAUGGUUACUGAUGGUGAAAUUGAUCGAGUGCUCUUGGCUCUUCUGAAUUUCUGUUUCUCGGAAAUUCAAAAACCAAACGGUGAUAAUAUUAAGCCGAACUCGUCAUAUCGACUACUGAUAGAUGGAAUUGCAUACGCUCGUACAGCAUGCAAGCUGAAAUAUCUGACUGGUGGUGCUGUUGUUGCAUAUGGAUUACCCAUUGUUACCCAUCUGUCGCAUGAUAUGAUAGCAAUGACGGAACAGUCCGAAACAACAGAACUUAUGGACGAGGAUACUGCUUGUUACCGGAAUCGAGGGAAUUAUUAG